AGGUACCUGAACGUGCUGAACGACGAUGACUUCCAGAAAGCCGUCCGGGACCUCCAGUUGACCAAAAGCAUCUGGACCAUUGACUUGGCCUACCUGAUGCGUCACUUUGGGGUGAAGCACCGUUUCUGUACCCAGACGCUGGGCGUGGACAAGGGCUACAAAAACCAGUCUUUCUAUAGAAAACACUUUGACACAGAGGAAAACCGAGUAAACCAGCUGUUUGCCCAAGCGAAAGCCUGCAAGGUGCUGGUGGAAAAACGCACAGUAACCAUCCAGGACAUCCAGGAGCACCUCUCCCAGGGCCACAUUGCCAUUGUGCUGGUGAAUGCCGUCUUGCUGCUGUGCGACCUUUGCUCCAGCCCUGUGAAAUACUGUUGCUUUCUCCCAAUCGGUCAGAAGUGCUUCUGCAGAAGUCCCGACUACCAGGGCCACUUCAUCGUCUUGUGUGGCUACAAUAAAGCUUCGGGCUGUAUUUAUUACAACAAUCCUGCCUAUGCGGACCGAACGUGCAGCACCAGCAUCCAUAACUUUGAGGAAGCCAGGACAAGUUACGGCACAGAUGAGGACAUCCUGUUUGUUUACCAGAAUAGCUGACCCUCUGGCUCGGUGCUCCCAGUUCAUCGCUGGCAGCCAGUUCUCUGCCAUCGUGGCAGCCAUCUCAGGACUCAGAGACAUUCGCUCCCGGACUGCAGCAGGUUGCAAGCAAAGGAUGCGUUAGACUCCAGGGGACAGAAGAACAUACUUUAUGUGUUCCUGAAGCAGGAUGUCCAUUACAGUAACAAAUAAUGAAACACGUUUUUCAGUUGGGGUCUGCCGAUGGACCCCAGGUGAUUUUGCCCAGGGGUUCUGACUCUGGCCCCAAAUAAAAAUCUUGCCUAUCCCCGCUCCCUAAAUAAGAAUGGAAGCUGAAACAAAAUUAAAAAGACUGAACUCUGUUCUGAUGCUAUGACCAAAUCCAGUUUGGUUGCUUAAUUCUAAGCAUGCAUUCAUCCUCCCACCCAAGCCAUUAUUUGGGAUUCCCUCUUGACUCGACUUGGUUCUUUUUAUCUGCUCCAGCAAGCUCUUUUCCUGCUUUAGAGCCAGGCUGUUGCCCUCAGAAAAAGCUAAUGCGUGCAUUUUUACAUUUUGCAUACUUGAAAAGUUUUGAGAAGCAAAAGGAAUAAAACUCAAAGACAAUCCAGCUUCAUGAAAAUGAAUUGCAAAACAAAAUGGUGUGAGAGCAAUUCCUCUUUUCUAAUUUAUCGCUCAUCAAGUUUUUGAAUCUUCUGAUAAAAAUCAAGCAAAUAAAUUAAGUAAUCAAGGGGGGAGGCAGAAAGGAAAAGAAGAAAUCAGUGUUUUAUAAAGCAGAGUUCAAAUGGGGCCAUUCCCAUAAGCACCCACCCAAUAACGCCUUCCUCACAGUAAAUGGCUUCUUCUGAAAGCAUUCCCAUUGACAGGAACUCUUCAGGUGUGACAGAAGUUUUGCAAUGCUGGUAGAAGACCGGGAGGGCGUUUGGAAAAUGUUUCCUCACAGGACUGGUACUGACUUAAAUCCUUGCACUGUGACUACAGACUUCACAUUGUAUGAGUUGGCACUUUGUCUAUCAUUUUGAAUAACAUUCACUUAAUUGA